CAUGUAUCCGGCGAGCGUCGCGACGCCAGUAUAAGUGAACAAUAUUCGGCGUAUUCGGGGAGUAUUUAGCAUUCAACAGACGUUGUACCUUACGAAAAAGGUACGUUUUUUCAUUGACAGAUUGUUGAUAAAAAUUUUUCGAAACAACCACGUGCAACUGUUUGAUGCCUCGUAGAGUAUGGAAAGGACAAUGCGCUUUUACAGACUAAGUUUGAGUGAGCGCUUUCAGGAGUAAUAAUAACAAUGUCUAGUGUCGGACUGGAUCUUACUCGAGGGACCAAUAAAACUAUGAUGAACUCCGUUACUGUUUUAUUGUUAAUAUGCUAUCUGUUGUUGCUAAUAGACAUCGGUUAUAGUUCCUUUGAUACGGACGAGAAUGCAGUCAACAAGCUACAAUUCGAAGCUGCCUUUCAAGGAAGAUGUGAUAGGGGAAGUCCAUGCGAACAAUUGUGCUACGACUUGCACGACGGAAUGUACGAAUGUGACUGCAACUCAGGGUUCCAACUACACGAAGAUGGCUAUAGUUGUUACGAACUGAAUUCAACAAUUUCUCCGUCGGAGAGUGACAUCAACGAUAACAAGUUGGGAAACGUUCUUUACCAGAAAGGCGCAGAAGUCGAUAUCGGACUAAGUGUUGCUAAUGGAACCCUCUAUUCGAAUUUCACGUUGAACUCCACAAGUGUCGUCGACUCGCUAACAACCGACUUCGAAACGACAAUGCCGACGCCAAGUAGCAGCACUACAACCGAGCACACAUGCUACUUGGAUUGCGGACCAGGGGGAGGGUGCGUUUUAAAAGAACCCUAUUUCCAACCCACUUGCUUAUGUCCUUUGGGUAAAGGAGGGGAUCGUUGCGACAAAGAUGUAGAAAUCCGGUCGCCCCGUUUUAGUGGAUCAAGUUGGCUGGCGUUACCAACAUUGCGCGGUGCUUACAAGCACGUUCAGAUCACGUUAGAAUUACGACCCGAAGCCUACGACGGAAUUUUCUUUUUAACAGGAGAAAGAGACGACAUGCAGGGAGAUUUUAUGGCUCUACUUCUAUUUCAAGGAUUUGUGGAGUUCAGAUUUGACUGCGGGUCCGGCAUCGGUAUAUUACGUUCAGAAGAAACGGUAUUACUAAACCAAUGGAACCACAUUUCGCUUUUCCGACACAGGUGGGAUGCAUGGUUGCAAUUAAAUAAUGGAAAACACGUCCAAGGGCGAUCGAAAGGACUCUUCUCAAGGAUCACUUUCAGAGAGCCACUUUUUAUCGGAGGAACCGGGAAUAUUACCAGCUUAUCGGAAAAACUUCCCGUUUCGUCGGGAAUUAAGGGUUGUCUUCGUAACUUACAAGUAAACGAUAACUCGUAUAAAUUCGCCUUGGAGCCAAAAGGAGAAGCUUUAAAAGGAUAUGGAGUAGAGGAGUGCACAGCGGACAGAUGCAGCCGCAUUCCAUGUCAACAUGGAGGAAAAUGUUUGCAAAGUGAAGGUUCCGCAGUAUGCCUGUGUCCGCUGGGAUUUUCGGGAGACCUGUGUGAAAUACGUGUAGAUCUCCACGUUCCCGCGUUCAACGGUUCCAGUUACUUACGAUAUCGAGGACUCGGAGAUGACACUCUUACAUGGCUCGAUCUGGAGAUUGUCCUAAAGCCUAACACUCCUAAUGGACUCGUUUUAUAUAACGGCCAUCGAGUCGAUGGCUUCGGUGAUUUUAUGGCACUCUACCUCAACCAAGGUUUUGUGGAGUUUAUGUACGACCUGGGCACCGGAUUUGCAAUUGUACGAAGCGAUCAUAAAGUGAGCUUGGGAGAAUGGCACGAAAUAAAAGUGUCGCGAACUGGAAGACUGGCAAUUUUGGAAGUAGACAAUCAAAUACCUGCAGAAGUUAUGUCACCAGGUGCCUUUACACAACUGUCAUUGCCUCAAAAUCUUUUCCUUGGAGGCGUGCCCAAUUUCGGAAUUGUCUCAUUGCAGGUGAGAGUCCGUUCGGCAUUUACGGGAUGCAUUCAAAAAGUAGUGAUAAACGGUCGACCAGUUUCAAUUUUGGCGGAGGCACUGGGAGGAGUGAACGUCGACAAUUGUCCUCAUCCGUGUGUGGCCCGUCCAUGUGGAAAAGCCGGCGAUUGUAUACCACAAUUAGAAUAUUUCACGUGUCAAUGCAAGCCGGGUUUCCACAACGAACAAUUGUGCGUCUCUCGCAGCCCUCCUUCGUUCCACGGCAAGGAUAGUUUUGUUCAUUUUAACGAUACAAAGACCCUGCUUGCUUUCACCUCCGACCCAUUCAGCAUCAACGUCAGAUGCAGACUUAGUUCCACACUAACAGACGGAUUACUGCUCUGGAUCAGUUCCGGUCCAGAGAAAUUCCUUUCGUUGGGGGUGGAACAAGGCAGUUUAGUUUUAAGAUUUGUGGCACAUCAGGAAGAGGUUGUUGUCCUUUACAAUACCACCAUCGUUACCGAUAAUUUGUGGCAUCGAAUAAAAGCAGUAAGGUCAACGACCACAGGAUUACUACUUGUGGAUAACGGCCCUGCUGUCACCACCCAAUUCGUGCAGUCCCUGUAUCCGCACAGGGUACUCCCCGGACUGUACGUCGGUGGAAUUCCUGACGCUCGGAAGGCUACCAACGGCAAGUACGUUGCAGGAAUUAAGGGAUGUAUAGCGGACCUGGUACUUAACACGGAUCAUCACCUCAAUCUGGUAGACUAUCCUACCGCACAGAUAAACAACGUGGACGAAUGCGACGUUUGACCAUUAAAUGAUUAAAAUAAUGGCACACGGUCGGUGGCCAUAUCAACAAAGAAUGACCAAGUGAUAUAAUAAUAUAUUGUAUGUAUAAAAACCCAGUGAAGUACUGAAACGGGAUAUGUGAACUUUGAUGUGAACGGCAACAACUACCUCUUCAAACAUGUAUAGUCCACGCAUUAUGAGUUGGCGGUAUUUACCUGGAAGCAUUUAUGUUCGGGCAGCAAAUGUUUUGUAAGAUACAGGGUCGAACUUCUUAAAAACAAAUGAUUAAUUUCAAAUAUUAUUUAAACACGAUGUUUUUCGUGCAAAUUUUACUUCAAUACCUGUUGUUAAUUCAUAUUUAAAACUACAACCACAACCCAGCUGCAUAACAGGUAGUUUAUUGUUGCUUAUUACCUUCUUGUGAUAAGACCAUCGGUAAAAACCGCCAAGUCAUAAUGUAAGGGACUAUACUUCUAAUAAUAACAAUCUGAAUGCACUAAAAGAAAUGUAUACGAAAUAAACAAAAAGGGAUAAUCAAAUAUUCCAAUCCACUUUUUUUAAUUAUGUUAAUUCAGACAGCUACACUGAAAUAAUAUUUAAUUUAAAAAGACUUAAAUUGCGUUGCCUUAAUUAAGUAAAGAUCUUGAUUUAAGAAUACUGUCUUACAGUGAGAAAUGGGAAAUUUUUGUAAUUUGUACUUCAUCGUUCAAGACUUUAAUAGUUAAAUAUCAAAAUAUAUUUUUUCUUACAAUAGAAUAAUUUAACAUUCAUUAAAGAAUCAGAAUAUUCUUUACUUAAAACUAAAACGAUUUAAUUGAAGAUGACAUAUUGAUGUUUUCAUUUGAAUCAAAUUAAGAGAAAAGUGUUAGGUAGCGCAAUUUUUUCACUGAAAAUUUUAAAUAAGAAGGACUCUAUUUAUGGCACUAUUCACCAUAGCGAAGUGGUCCUCAAUUGGCGUUUUCGACGUAUUACUUUUUUGAUGUUGAAUUCAAAUCUGGUCUCAUAGUUAUCCCAGCACAUUGAAAUUUUAAUAAUAAGUCACAUUAGAACCACAGCAUAUAUGAAGCUGACAUGACAAAUUUAUAUCUCUUCUUUCUAAAGUGCACUACAAUUUUUUAAUAAAUCCAAAAAUUUGUUGCUCUAGUCGGUUUUUGGAAAGUAGACGAAAUGGUAGUUAGAUAGUUACAAGUUGGGACUGCACAACGUAUAAAAAUAUUCUAACAUAUUUUUGGAUUUCGUAACAAAUUAGCGACAAAUUAUAGUGCAUUGUAGAAAUGAGAAAUAUAACUUUGUCGUUCUACCCUAAUAUACAUAAAAUCAUUGACAUUAUGAGAUUAAGACAUUGCGCUGGGUAAUCUUACUCUAAUUAGAAUUCGUAUAAGUACAAGAAAUAACGUUUCUUCGACAUUGAUGGUAUGAGACUAUGUUAUUUGUUUAAACACUUACGCGGAUUAGUAAAUAUAUUUACGUACUACAAUAUUUUGAUAUUUAGCUUAAUAAAUAAAGAUAAUUGUGCAAACGUUCUCAUUACAUGAAACGAGUACCUACUGUAUAACCUUUUUAAAAUUUACAAUUUCGAUCAAGUUCUACAGUUAAAGAUUCUACUAUUCAAUUUUUUAAUACAACUUAACCCUCUUACAUAUUAACAAAAUCAUAAAGAGUGAUCCUAAAAACACCCCGUUCAGGGGUUUGCAAAUUUUUGGUUGAUUUGUCGUCCAAAUAAUACCUUAUGAUAAGACAUUAAUCACACAAAAGUAUAAGCUGGAGCAUAAGAACGAUUUCAGAGAUAUAUAAAGUCAAUAGAUUAGAUUAGCUUUGGUUGUACUAUUAUUAUUGUAAAGCCUAGUAAGGAUAACAAUAACAAUGAUAAUAAUAUAUAAUAAUAAUACGUCAGCCUCAUUACCACGUCACAGUACUAAUCUACAAAGAGGUUUUAUAUUUGUUUUUGUUUUUUUUAUUUUUUUAUAGGUUUUGUUUUCUUUUUUGUAUUUUUCGGUUUUCUGCCUUUUUGUUUUAGGGUACUUUUUAAUAUAUAUUACAUAAGAUAUUGUUCUGUUGGAAUGUGGCACUAGUAUUUUACUUUAUGAUACUGUGCAUAGCCCAAAAACCUUACGAUUGUCAUGAUAUGACUGCAACAGCACACAAUUGGAGAUCCACUUUCACAUGUACAAUUGUACAAUAAUACUCUCGAAUUGAGGUAUACUGUGGGACAGGGGCGGCCUUUGGGGGUGGCGAACAGGGCAUCCGCCCGGGGCCCUGCUCUUGCAGGGGCCUCGCACA